GUGCUGCCUAAAGAAUGGAGGAUGACGACUUUGGUGGCUUUGAGGCCGCAGAGACCUUUGAUGGUGAACACAGUGGAAACCAAGCAAUGUCCCCUGCUGUCCCCUGGGCCACCUUUCCUGCAGUAUCCGGAGUGUGUCUCUCACCAGCUUCUCCGGAGCUCAUUCUGGACCAUGACCAUUCACUGCCAUCCUCUGGCCGCCUCCCUCCAGAUGCCAUCAUUUCAGCACCAGAUGAUAUGCGUGCAGACAAUGGCCUUGUGAGUCAGACCGUCCCCAAAGCUCAGAUUCAGCAGUCAGCACACACACAUCUGAAUAUACCACUUUUUCCACUUGGCUUAACGGAUGAGACAACCCAUGGAGCGCUUGGACUGGAGGAUGACCCUGAGGGUCCUGGAGCCGACGUGUCCCACUCACAACUACAGCAAAAAAUAUCAAGUCUGGAGACUAAACUGAAAGCAUCUGAAGAGGAAAAACAGAGAAUUAAAAAGGAUGUGGACUCGCUGAUGGAGAAGCACAGUGUCCUGGAGAAAGACUUCCUGAAGGAAAAGGAGCAGGAUGCUGUGUCCUUUCAAGCCAGAUACCGUGAGCUUCAGGAAAAGCAUAAGCAAGAAUUGGAAGACAUGAGGAAGGCUGGGCACGAGGCACUGAGCAUUAUUGUGGAUGAGUAUAAGGCACUUCUGCAGUCUUCAGUGAAGCAGCAGCUAGACGCCAUUGAGAAACAGUAUGUGUCUGCAAUCGAGAAACAAGCUCACAGGUGUGAGGAGCUGCUGCACGCUCAGCAUCAGAGGCUCCUGGAAGUGCUGGACAACGAGAAGGAACUAUUAAGAGGAAAAAUCCAGGAAGCUUUGGAUCAGCAGUCGCAGGAGCAGAAGGAAACACUGGGAAAAUGCCUGCAGGAAGAAAUGCAGAGGAAUAAAGAGACACUGGAGUCAGCUGUGAAGCUUGAGAAAGAAGCUAUGAAAGAUGUCAUCACCAAAGCAGUGGAAGAAGAAAGGAAAAAUCUGGAAAAAGUUCAUGCUGAAGAACGGGAAAUGUGGAAGGCAGAGCAUGCAAGAGAUCAAGAAAGGGUAGCAGAGGCUAUCCAGGCCGCCGUCCAGGAGCAGCGAGUGAUGAGUCAGGAAGCUGUCAAAGCAGCAAUAAUAGAGGAGCAGAAGAGAAGUGAAAGGGCCAUGGAGGAGGCAGUAAAGAGAACAAGAGACGAGCUGGUGGAGUAUGUGAGGGAGCAGAGAAGGCUCGAUCAAGUCACCCGCCAACGCAGCCUGUCCAGCCUGGAGCUGUUCCUGUCCUGCGCCCAGAAGCAGCUGAGUGCUCUCAUAGCUACAGAGCCUGUUGACAUUGAAUAGAGACACGCUGGCCAACCCGUCCCUGUCAUUAAGCUUGCCUACUCUGAAGCUGUUCCUCUCCUGCGCCCAGAAGCAGCUGAGUACUCUAAGGUCCAUGGAGCCUAUUGGCAUUGAAUAAAGGGAACAUGACAGGCU